UCCUAAUUUUUAAAUUCUAAAUAUGUGGCAAUAUUGUGGCAAACCGUUUACAACUCAAAAGUUUUUAAAUGGACUGCAAAAUUUAAUGUAAACUUUUGCGUAGACACAGAAUAUAAUUCUAUGAACUGAAAACUUGUGUCUGAUCUUUAGCAGAGCGGAUUCUCACUUUUUUAAAUAUUUUUUUUUGUAAUUACAAAUAUAGUAUGUUCAAUUCCAGACCUCCAGCUGAAACUUAAAUUCUUUUGAAAUCAUUUGAAUUAUUUAUUUACUAACCUUACGAUUCCCGUGAUUUUUUAAUCCACAAACAAUUAUUGAGUCUGCAGCCUUUAAAAAGACGUCAUAAUUACCGUUAGUUUAGUAGUCAUUUGUAAUGAUAUUGCUUUCGCAGUUCUUACUUGUUUUUCAACAUAAGCACCUGUGAUUCUUCAGUCAAAAUGAAAUAAAUUUUUAAAACUCAAAUUAUUAUUUUUAGUUUAAAGUUUCGGUCGCUAAAUUUUCCUUUGCAGUUUAAAAAAUAAUAAAAAUAAAAUUAAUUCAAUAAUUAAAUAAUCCGCUGCAUCGUACCCUCGUUUCGCAUACGACGUAAUGGCGGAUGCUAAGUGCGCGACAGGCAAAUGUGAAGAUAAAACCAUCACCUACGAAGCGGUCAAAGUCAUCGCCGACAAUAUUCUGUCACGCAUAAAAAUCAAACCGGUUAUCGGCAUUAUAUGUGGCUCGGGUCUGGGCUCACUAACCGAAGCCAUUACGAAUGCGCAAAAUAUCGACUACAAGGACAUACCCGGUUUUCCGGUCUCAACGGUUCCCGGACAUGCAGGACGCCUCGUCAUCGGCACGCUUGAGGGUCUACCAGUGUUGGCAAUGCAGGGACGCUUUCACUACUACGAAGGCUAUCCAUUGGUGAAGUGUUCGUUGCCCGUGCGUGUCAUGAAAGUGAUGGGUAUUGAGUACUUGAUGGUGACCAAUGCUGCGGGCGGCAUAAAUCCCACCUAUAAGGUGGGUGAUAUUAUGCUCAUACGUGAUCAUAUAAACUUCGUCGGCUUCUCUGGCAAUUCGCCAUUACGUGGACCGAACGAUGAACGGCUGGGACCGCGUUUUCCACCCAUGACCGAUGCCUACAAUCCCGAAUUGAUUAAGCGCGCUCUCGGUAUAGCCAAAGAGAUGGGUAUACCGGACGUGGUUAAGGUGGGCACAUAUUGCUUUCUAGGUGGUCCUAAUUAUGAAACCAUUGCUGAGUGUAAGAUGUUGCACACUUGUGGCGUAGAUGCUGUCGGCAUGUCGACCGCACACGAGGUGGUCGUGGCCCAGCACUGUGGUCUGAAAGUGUUCGCUUUCAGUCUUAUCACCAACAAGUCAUCACUGGACUACGAAAAGAAAGAGUAUGCCAAUCACGCUGAGGUCGUGGCGGUGGGUAAAAGUCGGGAGAGCACUUGCCGUGAGCUAAUGUGUCGCAUGAUCAAAUCUAUAGCAGCGGAGCGUGGUGGCAGCGGAUCAGCAGACUGUGGCUGCACAACAUGAGAAACGAGGGUUGCUGAGAUGCAAGCAGGAUUAGUGAAAA